UAGAUCCCCAACCACAGGAAAGAGGCAGAUGAUAUGGCAGCUUUGUGAGCGACCAGGUGAAACUUGCUUUGUUAAUUCCGUUUAGCUGGGGAACAUGAAGACAUUUUAAGUCGCUGACGGCAACGGGGCCUCGGUUAGAAAUGAUAUAUUUGAUAUUAAUUUCCGCAUUCUCUGGGGCUCUCGUCACGUUAGUGUUACAAUUCCUGCUUCUCUACCGGAGAAGCCCGGAGCCUAUAGGAAGGACAGUGCAAUAUGUCAAAGCAGUGCCUGAUCCCUUAUUGAAGGAUUACUUUAAUAACCAACAUGUCGAAUCAGGACAGCAACAGCAAGAAAACACGACAUCGGCUGUAUCUAAACAGACAGAGGCCGCUUCUCCGAAGUCGCAGGAACCGUCUGUCAGCAGUAGCCCGAAACAACAGCCGCCACCGCCUUCUCAAAACGAGUCGCUGAACACCUCUAAGUCGGAGACCUGCGGCUUUUUAAAUGCUAUAUUUUUGUUUCUGUUCCGGGAGCUCCGGGACACCCCGGUGGUUAGACACUGGGUGACCAAAAAAAUCAAGGUGGAAUUUGAGGAGCUUCUACAAACCAAAACAGCCGGACGGUUGUUGGAGGGUCUCAGUCUCCGGGAUAUAUCCUUAGGCAAUUCAUUGCCCGUGUUCAAGACGGCGAAACUUAUAAAGCCGGUUGCCGUUAACGAAGACGGCAUGCCAGAAGAGCUAAAUUUUGAGGUAGACCUUGAAUACAACGGCGGCUUUCACUUGGCUAUAGAUGUAGACUUGGUGUUUGGAAAAUCCGCCUACCUGUUCGUUAAAAUGACCCGAGUGGUGGGCCGACUGAAGCUACAGUUCACUCGAAUGCCUUUUACUCACUGGUCGUUCUCGUUCCUGGAGGACCCGCUUAUAGACUUCGAGGUUAAGUCACAGUUUGAGGGACGACCAUUGCCCCAACUCACCUCCAUUAUCGUGAACCAGCUGAAGCGAGUCAUCAAGAAGAAACACACAUUGCCAAAUUACAAAAUAAGGUACAAACCUUUCUUCCCGUUUCAAGUUCAACCUCCGCUGGCAUCCACCUGCGACCAGGAUCUCUCACUCGGAGACACGCGAUUGGUCGAGGGCCGGCUCAGGGUGACUCUAGUUGAAUGUAGCAGACUCUUCAUCCUGGGGUCGUACGAGAGGGAGACGUACGUCCACUGCACCUUUGAGCUGAGUGAGAAGGAAUGGAGGGAGAUGGCGCGCAGCUCCAUCAAAAUGGUCAGUCUCCCCUUCCCCUUCCCCCGUUCCCAUUCAAUGCAGCAGUGCCAACACCUAUCCAUUGGCGUGCAUGUGGUGCAGUAUACACAGUCAACCGUUUCCUGUCAUCACUGGAUGCUAGAGUGGCUAACAUUUCACAUCAAUUAAGUAAGCUAAUGUCUGCCUACGCAAUGAACUUGAUGCGUCGCAGUUGAUCGCCGCACUAAAGCUGCCAGCUCCUUGUCAAGCGUGGCGUUCUUGGCAAAGAUGGCAGACAGAUCGCAGGCUCUAUUUGCAAGGCCCCCUCUGCAGUCAUACAUCUUCAUAGACACCCUGAGGCGUCUUUGGAACAAAACAAAAGACUUGGGAUCGAACAUACCCUCUUAAUUCUUUUUGUGUGUGCAAAUAUUUGUGUACAUAAGUGUAUUUUGUCAUUGUUUGCUACUGGUAAAAUACUAAUCAUUGUCCAGUAUACAGAGAAGUAUUUAUUAGAUGACUAUAAGGCAACACAGUUAACAGCAUCGAACACAUGAUUUGUUUCAUGCCCAUUUAGACAUUUUGUUUAAUACCGUUUUGAAACACGUGCUUCAGACUGCCGUACAGUUGUAAUUUGCAUUCUGCGGCAAAUAUCCUCAGAUGGCAAUUUUAACAUAUUUGUUCUUGGUUUCUUCUAACCACAUUGGUCUUGGAGCUUUAUUUUAUUGGACAACACCUAAUCUUUGUUUUUUAAGGCUGGUCCACAUCCUGCAAAAGUGUUUUGAUUGGCGUGAAGGUCGGAACUUGGGUAGUGUACGGAAAAUGUCUGCCUCUCCAUUAUCAGAAGGAAAAGGGGAAACAUGGGUGGGCUAGGGUAAGAGUUGAAUGUUUAGUUUCCAGGUACUUGCCUGAUGGUCUUUAUUCAAGGAAUUGUUUGCUUGUCUUCAUCAUAAAUGUUUCAUAUUUGAUCAAUGGCCUUUCAGUACCAAGGAUGUGUUGGUCUUUCUUGGCAUUUUCAGUGCACUUUUAUUGCAGGAAUCAAUCGUGUGCAAUUAAGGUAAUCAGGAAAUAUUAACAUUUGUAGAGCAGCACAGGAGAGCUGUGACCAACAUCUGUUGAGAAAUUAAAUGUCACAGUCAAUUACGGUUAUCCGAUGUAACACUAACUCCCCUAACUCUCCUGUUGUGAGAGAAUCAGGCAUUUUAGGGUAAUCACAUGUGAAUGGUUAUUGUGACAAUCAAAAUCAAAUUGAGAUUCUCAACAGUGAAUGUUGAUGAACACGAUCCACCCUUUGAAUAUUUGCAGAAUUUGUCCAGUUUGAUCUAAAGAACA